CACUCGAUUAAUUCAAAUUUUACAACUUUAAAUUGGCGAAUGUUUAUCAAACUAUGUGUACUUCUUUUAUAUAACGGUUAUACGUAUACAGAAAAUUACGUCUUGUUUACAGGGAAGACGAUUGAAUAAUUUAUUGGAUUCAUUGACUAAUACCUGACCACUGACCACUGACCUAACACGGAAUAAUUGAAUCAAUUUCUUACUGAUGACUUAGGAUUUUGUUUCUGUUAAUUUCAUAUGAAAAGUCUGGAUGUUCCGGGAUGGCUGUGAUCAAGAAUACGGAGCAACUGUGUUGAUAUCUUUCUAAUAUUUAAUGAUAUAGAUCUUAUCCUGAACGCCAAGGAAUUAUACGGGUUUAUUUUGUCUACCACCACAACGUGCAGUGAAAAUUAACGAAAAGAUAACAUCGAAUGAAUAGAGAAAAGGAAAAAUAAGUACAGAAUCCCAACCAAUGACCGAUGGAAAACAAAUUCACUUCGCUAAAGGUGUUGUUGUUUACAGACACUAAUGAUGUUGUUAACAACUCCAAUGGUCAAGGAUUUAUAUAUGUCAUACACGAUUUAAAAUUUCCGUGAUGAUGGAAAAUAACAGUAACGGGAAAAAGAAAAAGUGGUCAUUUCAAAUCAUGUGAUUCUUUGAAAUGCAAGCAACACUUAAGAAUAAAACGCUCUGAAAACAGUUCUUUCAAAUCAAUGGAUUCACUGAGAACCAAACAAGACUCGUCUAGUUCUUUCAAAUCACGUGAUUCACAGAAAAGUAAACACGAUUCCAUUAAAAGACGCGUUGAAAAAUUCAACGAUGAAAAAAAGAAAUAUGCAGGUGAAAAAGAUGAAGAAUAUGCUGGACGACGAAAACGAAAAAAAGAGAGAAAAGAACAAAUUGCGCGAGACAGAAGAUUAAGACAAUAUAAAUGUUUAUACUGGCCGUCAGGGUUAAUAAUGCUUUGUGGUUGUGUGUUCAUUCUAGGUGCUACUAUUCAGAGUAUAAGUGAGGGUUCUCUAUUAUGGAAACAAAGACAAGUAUUCCGCAUAAUUGGACCAGUUUUUAUUGUUUUUGGUCUUGUACUAUUUUUAAUUACUGUUGCUUUUGUCAAUAAUCAUACGAUAAAAGUUAAAAAACUUAAAGCAGAGGAAGAAAUUAAACGAAAGAAAGAGAGAAGAGAGCGGGUCUUACUUAAAUACAAAAUGAAACAAAAGGAAAUAAACUUCAGCAGAAAACCUUUAGCAAGAUCUUUAUCGGGAACCUCGUCUGCAACAUGUCAUACGCUUGACGAAUUCGAAUCGUCUGCUCAAUUCAUAACUGGAUCACUGUCAAACGGAUGCUUACAUCCUAAUUGGAAACCAUUUAAAAGUAAAGACUCGGUUGAAGGUGAUACUUCAAAAACUCUUCAAAGCUUUCACCUCGAGUCGUCGGCUAUGAACAAAAAACCUUUAACAAGAUCAAUUUCAGGACCACCAUCUACGACAUGCGAAUCGACUGCUUAUUUUCCAAAUGGUACAAAGUUGAAAAUGUCGAAUGGAUGUUUACGGUCGUAUAGGAAACUGUUAAAUAAGAAAGACUCUUACGAAUUCAGUGAAUCAUUUGAGUGUCUUGAAAAUAAUAGUUCAUCGUCAUCAUCAUUAGUAUACAUGACGUCACUUCCUUCAUCACAUAUUACAUCAUCUGCAUCUGCAUGUCUACUUUCUAAAAUACCUUAUAUCGAUGAAACAGAAGAAUUAUUGAUGUAAAUUCCGUUUUUUUUUCUUUCCUCUACAUUGAGAAUAAAUGUAGACAAUCGCGAGAAAUAGACAAUUUAGUAUAUGGUAAAUGCUAUUAUAAGUCACUGCGUUACGUAUUUAAUAGUGUACUGUGUACAUGGAGCAUAUGUAUGGGAUAUACUGUCACCAAAAUAUUAUCCAACUACAUUUGAUCGGAUUAAAAGAUUUAUUAAAGCCAA